UUAAUUAUCGUGCGCGUGCCAUCUGUGCUUUAUCUUUGUGACGUCAGUUCAAAUAAUGAAGAGUUGAAAAAAGAUUUUUUAAAAUGGAAGAAGAAAAUAUCAAGAAAACCAUGGACUCCAUAGCUGAUGAGGAAGAAGAAGAAGAAGAAUUUUCAGAGGACGAGGAGAAACUUAGUUCAAGUACUAGUUCUGGGAGUGAAGACUGGCCAUCCACAAAUGUCGAGCAGCAUGGAAUAAAAUUGUCGAGAGCGGCUAGCAAGGUGACCUUUAAAUUAAAGCUCAUUUUAGUUUAUCAUAAAAAUGUCACUAUAAAUCAGAGAAGAAAGUCAUCUUGCCUUUCAGUUCACAGUCAGUACCGUGUGAAAUUACCUUGAAAAAGAAGAAAUUCUUCUAAAGUUUGAACUAUAACUGAUACAUUUGUACUUGUCCUUAGAAAUUGAUCUGAAACUUUUCAAACUGACCCGUACACUUCUUAAUGAACCAACAAAUGGACGAUUUAGAUUAUUUAUUUUCUUUCCUUCGAAAUAUUCUUAAGUCUUAACUUUUACAAAGUAAAGACCAACCAAAAAAGAAAAGAUGAUAGAAGCCAACGCUUGCUGGAUUGGUAUCGGCGCCUUAGUUUGUUGAAAGUGUUACCAGGGAAAAUUGCAUAUCUGGUUACCACUCAGUAUAGGCUUCGGCAUCAUCUGACAUCAUCAUCAACAAGAACAUUAUUAUUUGCAUUCAACAGACAGACCGCGAUGAACCACGAAAGCCUGCAAUGGUCCGACUAGAAGAUCAGAUGAAUAACGAAAAUCUGGAAAUGCUGCAACAAAUAUUCGAGGUUAGCUGCAGAAAACGAUCAGUUUUGUAAAUCACUGCCGGCUAUUCAUUGUUGUACAUAAAUGGGUUCAGAAAAGAAGGUAAAUACAUUUAGAGUUGUACGGCAAUAACUCUGACCAUUAAAACGGCAAAACUAUUUUGCAAAUUCAAAGCCGUGUUAGUUAAAAGUAAUGUGACUGGACUGCAAGUCUUUGUAGAUUUGCUUGUAAAAAUAUCCGAUGUCUAUCAUUAGCGUGCCAUCCGACCCCAAGUAAAAGAAAGUUUAUAGUAUCACUGAAUGCUUACGUACCCGGCUGCACGUUGGUAAUAAGGGAAAGUGCUCCAUCAAAGUUAUUUGUAUAACUGUUAGAAUUAGAAAGUCACGGCUCCCUCUUUCUUCUAGGAAGCGGAUGAAGACGGUGGAGGUGGACUGGAUCUGGAUGAAUUUCGCCAGGCUAUGAUUAAAACUAUGGCUGGUAAAGGUGAAGUUGUAAGUACUGACCGGCCGACGCGGGCGCUGAUUUAUGCCGUCCUUAUGUUUGAUGUAGUAAUAAGUAUCACCACCUGUGUGAUAUGUUUCUUGCCGUAAUGAAUGAUAUAAAAAGCGUUUUGUUUUUCUUUCCCUUACAGCCGGAUGAUAACCAACUCGCCAUGAUAUUCAUGAAAGUGGACGCAAACUGUGAUGGUACCGUAGAUUGGGUGAGUAAGGUGUAAAUCAGUCUGAGAAAAUCUCCCAAGUUAGACUGUUUGACAUAUAAAGGAGAUAUUACGGACAAUCGGUCAAUACACUGCCUACAUAUUUACCGGACAACUCACAGACACAUACUAGCUAUAGCAGCACUAGUAUUGCGGUACCCUGUCGAGGCACAAACUGCGGCGGACAACAAUUAGGAAACUGAGUGGAAGCUGUUCUAUUUAUUAAUCGCCGUUUCUUGAUUACAAAGUACAUAAAGUACAUUGUUUUCUUCAUUUUAGGAAGAGUUUUGUUCAUACAUGUUACUAGAAACUCAGCUAAAGGAUGUGAUGACCAGUGAAGAUAGAGAGGUGAGGAUAUGAUACAAUGCCACUGUUCAUCUGGUCAGAAUUGAUGUUGUUUUUUGCUGGGUUCUUCUUGAGUGCGAAAAGAACAAAAAAUGCCUGGUCAUGGGGAACAUGGUGGAAUUUUCUAAUGUCACUGAUUUUGUUUUUCUUACAGAUGGAAUUUCCUCAUCCCGCUCGGGAAAUCCCAAGGUAAAGGUUAUAUUCUGACCAAUCAGUGGCAACUAUCCAACAAUCAAGAGGAAAUAAAAGUGGGUUUCCCAUUACACCUGUUUUAGGGGUUGCAGGGAAUAUUAUUAGCAAGGACUGGGAUACAUUAACGUCAACGAUGUAAUACUCUAUGGUCUUGAUUUCAUAAACAGCAAGAGUAGGAAUCUCAUAACUGUACCGCAGCGGCACAGGAAUGUUAUUCUAACAGGGCGACGACGCCAUAACCCUAACCCUGUUCUAAAGUGGGGAACUGGUGAACUGUUGAGUGUUGAUACGUCCAAACUGCAAAAAGCAUCUCGUAUAAUAUCGUAGAAAAACAACUGAUUUAUUUUGGAAAAAAAUUUUCAAGUUUGGAGUUGUAUAACAAUUCUUUGUUUCAGUUGCCAUCGUGACACGAUCACACGGAUAACACACCUACCUAAAGUAUCUCAUGGUACUGAUGAUACUACUGACAGUAACGGCGCCGGGAGAUAUGUAUCAGUCAGCAGGGAAGGGACUCUACAUUUCUGGACUAUGGACCUCAUGCAGCCGCAAAAAACUUUAUCAGUGAGUAGUAUUAACAUUCAUCCUAUCAUGUGGUACUUGUGAAAUGUUUUGAAUAGCCUGCGUAGCUGGAGGAAUUGUUUUUCAGCGUGUGAGAGUUUUUGGAGCAAAAACAACACUUUCCCCCACCAAAACUGUCCUCGCGCGGACGAUCCCGCCGGAAAUCACGUCUUUUAUUAUGGUGUCCCUUAUAUUUUACAGUUAGGGCAUGAAGCAAAAGCCAGUAAGAAUGUGUGGAUAACAGACUGUGUCGUUUUAUCAAAUGCCAAGAAGUUUGCUUUGUCUACAGCAGACAGGGAGAUUGGUUCGUAUCAGUCCUUAGACUUUACUUCCGUGAGCUGAUCACAGCUUUUGUUAUCCAAAGUACCGUCCAACUUCUCUUUCUUUCUUUCUUUUCUAAAAGCUUUAAUAUGUGCUUUAUUUUUUUCUCUCAACUAUAGCAUUCUAUGACUGCUCCGCAAACAGUUUUGACAAACAGUUUGUGAUUUGUAGCUUGGACUACUGCGUGUUGACCAUGGAUUACUGGUAAGGAUAGAUCUGUAUUACUCUGAGGGCUUCGACCACAACAACCCUUUCCUAUUAGUAACCGACUUUGGUCAAACCUUUUUAGAAACUUACGACUCAUGUGCGUCCUACUCUCUUCACUAAUUUAAGCAAUUAUAACAGCCGCUUGGAUUGGCAGGAUCGAUAUUUUUCCAGUCCAGUCAACAAAUUACCCCGUUAGAAAAUGUGUCAAACCUCACUCGUCAUUUAAUGUUUUUCAGGUACAGCUCUGCAAAGUUACAUGAAGGAAUUUUACUGUUUGGUGAUGCUGGUGGUUCGGUGUUUUGUUUAAAGUUUUCUGCCAUCACAGGAUGUAUGUUUGACUUAAACCUCGCUCAGCAGAUGCCAUCAGGUCAGCGGCACUACAAAUCCCUCACUAAAACUAAUGAUUACGAAUAAUUUCCCUUUAAGAGCAAUGUUCAUGUUUUCUACGUGUUGAUCUGGUUUUAAGUGUUUUUUCUUUCUUUGUCGUCAGUAUCAUUCAGGCGCGUUUCUUUCUCCGAACUGCAACAAGGAAAACAUUCUAACUUAAAACUCUCUCAAUUUAAUGUAAGUAUCAGUACUCAUGAGUAUCCCAGCGUAGUAUCUAUAAACAAGACGUUCAGAACAUUUUUUAAAUACCACUAUCCUUUUCCAUAAUCUUGCCAUGAUUUUCUUUCUUGUUUUCAUGGAGUAAUCGCUUACUUUGUUAAGAACCAUAAGUACUUGCUAGAAUGGUCUCCUCUUUUUAGCUCUACCUGUCACUUAUUGUAAACUUGCUGUUUUAGGGUCUUCAUGAGGACUGGGUUCGUAAAGUGAAAUACUAUCCAUCUUUGCAAUGUUUCAUUUCUUGCGCGACAGCAAGUAGUACUUCAAUGUACCUUGGAGAUCUGGACAGGAGGAAAACGUUAGUACAAUCAACUAUAAAAAUUAAAUCACGGAAGAACUUUUGACUGUUCAUAUUUUUAUCUUGUACAGGUUCGGAGGACAGAGAAUGCCCGAUCCUAAGCCUAACCCUAAUUCUACCUUCGACCCAUUUUAGGAAACAAAAUCCUAAAAAUAAAAAUAACCUGUCUAGGACUAAGGUGAAAAUGCACGCCAUCUUGAUUUAAAGUCAUUUAUUGCAAAUUUCAGUUGAGUCAUUGCUUUUGAAUACUUCAAAUUAACAAGUUUCAUUAAGAAAAACAAAUAUAUCGUGCAUGCAAUACCCUGUUUAUAACUAGGACAGACUCUCACGAAGUUAUAUCAAGAGAGAACAAUGGAUCCAUUAUUAUCUCUUGAUCAUAUACUUCGCUUAGGACAGAGCCAGAGGAUAAAGCCAGACGCUGUACAGCGGUACAGCGGCAAUUCCCCGUAUAGGCCAUAUAAGCCCCUUCCCCACCCCACCCCCCACGCCGCAACAAUUACCCCAGGGAGAAUGAGGGCAGCUCGCAAGAAUAAGCAAUCGACUAUUACCACCAAAAAUGUUUAGUAUCCAUCUCCUAACAAAGCAAGGAAUCACUUGUUUCUCUAAAGGUUUUCUAAUUUUUAAAUAAUCCCGCAGGAGUUCCGUGUUCCGAAUCCGUAAAGGAAUUUCUUCAUUUGACUACUGUAAAGAGUGGAAUGUUAUAGGUGAGGCAUUAAGUAAUGAUCCGGGUAAGGUGGAUAGCAAUUCCUUUUGUUAUGCGGCAACGGUGCUCUCCCCACAUGGGAAUGCUCUCAUUUUUACACACAGAAUGCAUAAACCUACAUGAAGGCCGUUAACGCAAUAAAAUGCAUUUACACUCCACUUUGAAAGGGUGUUUUUUUCUGUUAAAAAAAUUUGACCAAUCACAAGAGUUGAAAACAAUAGCCAAGAAAAGUUUACAAUUUUACAUGUUCCCCACAUAAGAUUUCUUUGUUAUUCAAACUGAGACCAGAUUUUGUUAUAUGGAAGAUGUUUGGAAAGUAAGGAUGAAUAUAUGUACCGCUUUAUGAAGUUUUGUUAACUUUUGCUGUUUAAGCCAAUCAGAAGUAAAUACAGAGAAUAGAAAAGUUAGCACCUUUUUUUGCAUUCCAACAUGUACGUUGCCGUUGUUGCUAUCGUUCUUAUCUGGACCGUUUCUUAAAAAAGACACAUCAGUUUGUCCAAUGACGUCAUAUCAGUAAUACAGACACACACGUACACAAAAGGUACUAAACUGAAUAUCUAAAGGUUUUUAUUUCCUAGUGACAGGUGGUCUUGACCAUUACGUGCGUCUGUGGAAUCCUUACGUCACAACUAAAGCCACCUCGGUAAGAUACUAAUAUUGUCAUCAAUGUCACAGGUUUGAACGUCUGAAAUGUAAGACUUAACUUCCGUCCUGUUAGGUCGGCCUUAUCUUGAUUAUUGUAUCACCACUCCGCGUAUAAAUGGUUACCGCCCAACAGAAACAGCGCCAUUUAUCUCCCAGCAACACGUCUCUGUAAAACACUUGGCUUUGCAUGAUGGGCUCACGAAAUACACUACCUCGGGUUUAUUUUGCAAAACGCAACGUUUGCGGUUAUGUGACAUAAAAGUAGUUUAAUUAAUCUGCUAUUCAUUAUGUUUUAGGUGCUGAAGGGCCACAGUUCAGCGGUUACUCACAUUAUAGUAAACAGUGACAAGGGAGAGAUCAUCAGUGCUGCCCAAGACAAGGUUAGUCCGCGGUCACUGUUGUCAGUGCCACGCAUCCAUCCAUGAUAUACUUACUGACAAUAACGCUCCUCGUGAAAGCGGUAAAAGGCGUAGACACACACGUACACAAAAGGUACUAAACUGAAUAUCUAAAGGUUUUUAUUUCCUAGUGACAGGUGGUCUUGACCAUUACGUGCGUCUGUGGAAUCCUUACGUCACAACUAAAGCCACCUCGGUAAGAUCCUAAUAUUGUCAUCAAUGUCACAGGUUUGAACGUCUGAAAUGUAAGACUUAACUUCUGCCCUGUUAGGUCGGCCUUAUCUUGAUUAUUGUAUCACCACUCCGCGUAUAAAUGGUAACCGCCCAACAGAAACAGCGCCAUUUAUCUCUCAGCAACACGUCUCUGUAAAACACUUGGCUUUGCAUGAUGGGCUCACGAAAUACACUGCCUCGGGUUUAUUUUGCAAAACGCAACGUUUGCGGUUAUGUGACAUAAAAGUAGGUUAAUUAAUCUGCUAUUCAUUAUGUUUUAGGUGCUUAAGGGCCACAGUUCAGCGGUUACUCACAUUAUAGUAAACAGUGACAAGGGAGAGAUUAUCAGUGCUGCCCAAGACAAGGUUAGUCCGCGGUCACUGUUGUCAGUGCCACGCAUCCAUCCAUGAUAUACUUACUGACAAUAACGCUCCUCGUGAAAGCGGUAAAAGGCGUGUUGUAUGUGUGACCAGAAUGGCACCAUAAAAAUAUGUAAAUAAAGCUGACGGAUUCAACAAGAUUGUAAACCAUGAAAUGCUUAGAACUUUCCUACAGAGUAUUAACAAGAUAUGAACAAAAGAAAAUGCGCUGUUGACAUUUUUUGAAAAUGGAUACUUUGCUUUGGUCAGUUUUUUGUAACUUAAUCGCUUUGAGCGUGCCCUCGCCUUUUUUUUCUGUGGCGUUUUGAGCUGAAGACUUUCAUUUCUAAUUCAUUUUUUCCCCGCAGGUUAUAAAGAUAUGGGACAUGCGCGACUUAUGUUGCGUACAAACUAUCCCUGCGCGGUCUUUGUUACCAGGCCCUCAUCAGAUCUCAAGCCUGUAUUUUAACUCCAAAUCUCAUUGUAUUUUUGUGGGAACCAAUCAGGUGAGACUGCUUUUUACCUUAAUGAUUCGAAAACGUAUGAGUGGAAUUGCGUACGAUCGUUUAGUCCCCGCAGUCAAUAAUGGAAGUUUUAAGCAGCCCGACUUAAGCUGAGUAGGGAGACACUCACCAAGUUCAUUUUAGCUUUAGUUCGGUACUCUUUUGUAACUGUUUCGUAUUUCCCAAGCGUGAACAUAUAAAUGUGAACUAAAAUGAUAUUUUUAUUUCGUUAGUUGUCAGUGAUUGAGGGAAAAAGUGAAGAGCCGUCAGAGGAGAGGGACAUCUGUAGUCAUUUCAAACCGAUAUGCGCCGCUAUUUACAACGAUCUCUUUGACCAGGUAGCAAUUCCUGUUAUCUAAUAAGCCCAAUAUCCGUUUCGCUUCUGUUUUGAAUUGCCUUCCACAGUUGAAAGAGCGCUGUAUCCAAAUUGUUCUGUUUUUCUAUCAUUUUUUCUUUCAAUUAUAAGGCUUAUGUAAGAUGUUUUUCUUUACUCCUCCUUUCCACAACCCUUUAUAUAUUGUGUAAACAAGAUAAGGAAUGAACUUAACACACCGACCUUAUUUGGGAUUGUAAGUGAAAUUUUGUUGCCUGUAGGUUGUUAGCGGAUGCCACGACUCUGUGGUUUGUGUUUGGAGUCUGGAAACAGGCGAAAAAAUCAUUCAGUUUUCAAAUGCUCAUGGUAACUCGGAAAUUACUGCAAUGAGGUUUGAUCCGUCCAAGAGGCGCCUUAUAACUGGUGCAAGAGAUGGAACAGUUCGGAUUUGGAACUUUAAUAACGGUUGCUGCCUGCGUGAAUUACAAGCUGUUGAUGACCAAGAGGUAAUUUGUACGGUAAAAUUUAUCUGGACCCUAAACCAAAGCCUUUAGAAAUCUUGUAAACUGAUCAUCUUAGCUGUCUGGUUUAAGCCCUUGAUUUUGCCUUGUCUCCUCGUCAUUUGUUACCAUCAAAUCAAAGGCAACGUAAAGAAGGUAAAGAACACUUGGGGGACAUAGACGGUGUGGCCAAUGUGUGAUCUACUGCUAAUCACUUCAUUCAUAAAUCAAGAGUGCAGAUCAAAAAUGAACUAUAUACAAGGGAAGCAAGCCGAGAAGGUCCCGUAUGCUAAUUCCAAUUCUUCUGUACACAUCAUAAUCAGUUGAAUCGGGCACGGCUUAUCAUUGUAGGCUCCAUUUUCCAGCGCCACUCUCUCGGGUCCGCCCCGCCGGAGACGAGAGGCCAGGAGGAGCGUAGGCUCAGGACCGAACAUCGGCUGGUAAUCAGCCUACAGUAGUUAUUAUCAUUGGAGCUUGCAAACUGGACCUGCCGGGGCUACAAGUUCCUUGACAGUAUUUUGUGCACUUAAUCGUUGUACAUUGGAUAAGGAUUACAGAAGACACACAUAAUUUACGAUGAAUAUUUCAAAUGGAAUUUUCUCUUUUAACUUUGUCAGAUUACAGGCAUAUUGUGCUUUAAACAAAAAAUCAUAACAGUUGGAUGGAGCAGAAAAGUCACCAUUUACAAGUAAGCCGAUUCUACGUGUUUCUUAGCUUGGGAUAUUAUCAGUAAGAGAUCAGAAUUCCUAGUCAUUUCUUAACAUUUCUCUGUGUAUAGUCNAGCCCUUGAUUUUGCCUUGUCUCCUCGUCAUUUGUUACCAUCAAAUCAAAGGCAACGUAAAGAAGGUAAAGAACACUUGGGGGACAUAGACGGUGUGGCCAAUGUGUGAUCUACUGCUAAUCACUUCAUUCAUAAAUCAAGAGUGCAGAUCAAAAAUGAACUAUAUACAAGGGAAGCAAGCCGAGAAGGUCCCGUAUGCUAAUUCCAAUUCUUCUGUACACAUCAUAAUCAGUUGAAUCGGGCACGGCUUAUCAUUGUAGGCUCCAUUUUCCAGCGCCACUCUCUCGGGUCCGCCCCGCCGGAGACGAGAGGCCAGGAGGAGCGUAGGCUCAGGACCGAACAUCGGCUGGUAAUCAGCCUACAGUAGUUAUUAUCAUUGGAGCUUGCAAACUGGACCUGCCGGGGCUACAAGUUCCUUGACAGUAUUUUGUGCACUUAAUCGUUGUACAUUGGAUAAGGAUUACAGAAGACACACAUAAUUUACGAUGAAUAUUUCAAAUGGAAUUUUCUCUUUUAACUUUGUCAGAUUACAGGCAUAUUGUGCUUUAAACAAAAAAUCAUAACAGUUGGAUGGAGCAGAAAAGUCACCAUUUACAAGUAAGCCGAUUCUACGUGUUUCUUAGCUUGGGAUAUUAUCAGUAAGAGAUCAGAAUUCCUAGUCAUUUCUUAACAUUUUUCUGUGUACAGUCCACUAGCCAGCUGCGAGAGCAUCCGGUUUAUUCGGCGCAAGUUCCUAGUUUCACCCGCUGAGAAAAACCGGGUGAAACUAGAAACUUGAGCCGAAAAAACCGGAUGCUCUCCGGCGCAGGCUAACAGUCCACAUCACAAGUCACCCUUGAUAAACAGUCUUUGUGGAAUGAGCUAGCAAGCUUGCGUGAACCAGUCCUUUGUUCUAGCAAAAGGGAAAAAAAGGAGUGGCUCCUUUGCAGGCUGUGAACUAAUGUGAAACAGUGAGGCUCCAUAGGGACCUCAAAUAAUUGCGUAGCAACUUACCUAGUACGAUAUGUAGCGAAUUGACAAGGAUUGCAUCAAAUACAGCGGAACCCGCUCUGUACUUCAUUUCUAUAUUAUUCUAAUUUGUUCUAAUGAUGUUACUCCGAUUCUGUUGACUCCAAGACAAAGUCAUUCACUUUAUUUUACGUUUUCCCUCUUAACUACGGGUGCGCAGGCAACUAUUACUUAUGUCUUUGUUACAGAGACUGUCGAGAUGAAGAGGAAGCUGACCCGCGUGUAUGGAACAAUUUUCACGAGGACGACAUUUUAUCGGCUGCCCUGUAUCCCACUGGUUUAGUUGCCACCUCAGCUUAUGAUGGCGUUGUUAAAGUCUGGAAUAUUGAUAGUGGACAUGUUAAUUGCAAACUAACUGCUGAUAAUUAUGGUUUGGAAACAACACGAUCUCUCAUUCCGGCAGAUGUUAAAAGACAAGUGUCGUAUGGUAAUGCAGGUAUGGACAUAAACGAAAAAAAUUCAAGACUUGGCAAACAGAAAAACUUUCUGUGAAAACAAUUCGAGCAGUUGUGAAUAUAUUAGCGUGAGGCAAUUUUUUUUACUUAUGCAACGCUUGUAUUAAAAGCAGUUACGAUGUUCUCUUUGAUGUCAUUGGAAAUGAUAUCUACUAAAAAGUAUCCUUAAUUAUUUAAUUGCAGUUUACUCCACAUAGUUAUUUGUAGGGCCCGCCUACCAUGAAUAUCAUUAAUUUAAUUUUCUGUUAAAUGUUUUUUUUUAUUCUGUCCACAACAAGUGAUCGAGGCAGUGAAUAGAUUUAAAGAGCCAAUUAACAGGAUCAAGAGUUAUGAUGCCGCUGAUCAAAAGAACCGCUGGUCUACAUUGACAUCAGGAGUGCGGACAAAGAUGGAAAACAAUGAAAAGAAGAAAGGUAUACUUUCAGGUUUACCACAAGUGAAAUUCCGAUCGAGUUAUCACGACUCCUCAGUAGACAAGGUAUGGUAUACUUAACUCGUUGAAAGUGAAUGCUUUUCAGUUUUACCUCAAUCGGUGAAGUUUAUGUGCCUCAGCUUGUUUACUUUCGUUUAGGUUCUCUUCUUAGAAAAGCGUGAAAGCAGCAUUUCCACAGCGACUUUAAUGACAACUGGUUGUGGUGGCUCAAUAAGGGCUUGGAGUGUGACAGGAGGGGGACUUCUUGGUCAUUUUACCGCUGUCCAAGAAGAACAUGAGUCUGUUCUCUCCAUGACAACAGAUCUCAACAAUUCUAUACUUGUAACGGGUGACAGCGCUGGGUUUGUUAAGGUAUGGGACUUCGGUUUAAAUAGGAUUCGUACUUUUUCAUUUGCAAAGUAGCCACAACAAACGAAAGCUAUCUGUACUGAAUGACAAAUAGUGUCACUGAGAAGCAAUCAGAAACUUUACAUUCUUACCAAUAUUCUGACCUAGAAUGAGCCAGCCUGCAGCCUGCCUGCCUCGCAGACGUAAUUUAACCUCAGUUAGUAACUUCUGCGAAGCAGCGCCCGCGAUAUUCUUGUUCUAGGCCCCCCAACGGACUCAACGAACUACAGGAAGAACGUUUCGAAUUUUCUCUCAUCUGGAGUCGCAAAUUUAACAGGCCAAUCAUGGCGCCUACUCACAUCCUGGUACUCAGAUCCAGGCCCAGAACAAGGAUUUCAGCGCUGUUGGGCAGACGGACCAGCGUUUAGUUUCGUCAGCGGCGCAGACUACCUGGAAGCAGCCAGCCAAUUGCGAGAUUCUUUUCAAAACGCCCACCAGUACUGAUAAACAUCGGAGGGGCCAGAAUAUGUUAAGACCCGAGAAUAGCUUGCUUUGUAACACUUGUCGGCUGAGUGAAAACGACUUGUGCUGUUUUUGAAUGUUUUCAGGUUUGGGAGAUCUCUCGUUAUUGCAUAAACUCAAGCGAGCAGAAGCUAACAUGUACACUGCUGCUAAGAAAGCUGCCGUCAAUCCACAGAAGAUACAGCACUAAAAAAGGAACAAUUGACAUCAACCCUCCCCCACUGCUUGUUACAUUCCGUGCUCAUUUGAAGCCUGUUGUCAGCCUGGAUUUUGUCGAUAGUCGUCAGUUCAUUAUCAGUUCUUCAGUAGACGCCUCAGUACGACUUUGGACGCAAACUGGGAGAUACAUCGGUAACGUGACCGUUCUUAGCACUCUUUUAAGCAAAUGAGCCACGUUUUAGUUCAUCACUCAUAAGAGGUGUUUGGUGAUUACUGAAGAAACAAGACGCGAAUCAAUCAAUCAAUAAAAAAAGGUUUACCAUGCAUGUCAGAAGGAUACUCGUGUCUCCAGUUUAUCUCUUCUUUUGCGUGGAGCCGGCCUUUUUCCCCCCUUUUCCUUUUAUUCAUUCCGUAGGAAAAUGACAAAAUAUUUCACCUACAUGUGUUACAUUCACAUGUGGAUUAGGGGCAAAAAAUAAUAAAUUAAUCAAUAAAUAACGUUAUGUAUGUUUCGUUCAUAGGGACGUUUGGCCAGCGAACAUUGUGGGAUUUGGAGAAGGCAGCCAAAGAAAAACGGAGACUUCCGCCGGAUAUUUAUCGGAUCGCAUCAGCUGAAACUCUGAGAAACCUACAUAGUUCCCCUGGUCCGAGGUGGAGGUAUAAAAAAACUAGACUAGCAAUGGCGGAUGGGAAAAAAUAACGAAAAAAAAAGGGUGCAAAAAAGGGAAAAGAAAGUAAAGUUAGAUUUCUGAUCCAAAAAGGUCAAUAUAACUGCUUACAUUUCUAGCAACGUGAGGUCGCGACUUGAUGAAGACCACACCCCUUCAAUGGCAACUUACCAUUUAAACACGACAGAGCUAAUAAAACUACACUUCGUGGUCUUCCCGGGAACAAGUUAGAAUAUUGUUCAAGUAUUGCCCCAUAAAUUACUUUUAUGACAACUAAUUACAGGAUAAAAUGGUCUCGGUCGGUGUAAAGAUUCUCUCAAUAUUAACCUUUCGGGGAAGUUUUUGAUAGCCGGUUUGGUGGAUCUCUUAAUAAAAUGUUUUCUAGUUUUCUAAUCAAACAGUUACUCUUUCCCAGCCCUCUUAACCAGUAAAAUGCCACUUGGUAGAUCAAAAUAUAAAGCAAAAAGUGCUUUUUAACAUUUUUGGUGGCGCUAACUCGAUGGCGGUGCUCUUUCAUUAAUUCGUGAAUACCCUAAUUUAAAAAUGGUAAGCCAAAAUACCCAUUUUGGAGCUUUCAUUUGUGAAAUAAUAAUUUUUUUACCAAAGGUGUGUCUGUUGUUGCUCUAUUGUAGACUUGCAAGACACAUAAUGCGAAUAACAGCUAUGUCACGCCGUGGAACCCAACAACACACACACNGCUUUUUAACAUUUUUGCUGGCGCUAACUCGAUGGCGGUGCUCUUUCAUUAAUUCGUGAAUACCCUAAUUUAAAAAUGGUAAGCCAAAAUACCCAUGUUGGAGCUUUCAUUUGUGAAAUAAUAAUUUUUUUACCAAAGGUGUGUCUGUUGUUGCUCUAUUGUAGACUUGCAAGACACAUAAUGCGAAUAACAGCUAUGUCACGCCGUGGAACCCAACAACACACACACGAAGCUACAGACAACACUGACGAUGAAAUAGAAUGGGACACAACCAUAACACACUCGCUUGAAAAUGUACUGGGAAAAUUUUACAAACCAAAGACCAGGCACCGCUUCUUUCCACCUCUACCGAGGCUGAAAUUUAACCAAGAUCAAAUGAUAGUUUACUCGUCUUUGAAUUUCAAAGAACUUCAAGCGAUAGAGGAACCAAAAACACCAGCGGUGUUGUGGAACCACAAUACACGAUAUAAAUCUUCAUCUUCUCUUCUUCCUCGAUUCCUCACCAAGGUUACAGGUCACCGAGGGAGCUCUGAAUCUAAACAGACCUCUUAUUACGGCAAUACGUCCGUCAAACAACAUCGUGCAGCCAAUCAAAUCAGAGCGACAAAGAGUGCAUCGCGAAAACCAAACGACGGGUUAAUGCGAUCAACGCUAAAAAAAUAG